AUGACAACAAGAUAUUUACUCUCCAUAAUACUACUUUGUAGUAUAUAUAUAAUUGGAAUCACACGAUCACAAUCACAACCAGAUACUAAGGUUAUAACAGCCACGAUAUUCGAUCAUCAUCCAUGGUUAAAUCCAGAUUUUGAAUAUGAUUUGACGGGUGGCAAGGUGGUCCCUGGACUCGUGAGCGAUAAUAUUCAAAAGACUGGUGUGCCCCAGUUCAUUGGCAAACCAGGCGACGGUGCAAUCACCAACGCCAACACAUUCGCGCAGUGGUUUGUCAACACGCCAAACGUCAACAUCCAGAUGGACUACAACCUCACGCUGACGCGCAAUCAAACCGACAAGACCAAGUACUACUUCCUGGACGACUACUUCUUCCCCAUCGACAACAAGGGCUGGGACGCCUACACCAACAACUUUGGCGCGCCACUCUACAAGCGAUACUCCAACGGCACCACCUUCCACAACUUCCACUUUUGUCUGCAUGUGAGCGCCGCUUUCCACUUCCAGGGCACCGAGCUGUUCUCGUUUGCUGGCGACGAUGACGUCUGGGUGUACAUCAACAAGAGCCUCGUGGUUGACCUGGGCGGCAUCCAUCAGAUGAGCUACAAGACGGUGAACUUCUCCGAGAUGGGCAUCCAGAAGGGUGACCUAUGCGACUUUGACUUCUUCUAUUGCGAGCGCCACACGGUCAACUCUGAAUGCGAGAUCGUCACCGAGCUGGACUUUAUCUGCAAAUACUACGACUACUGUGGCGUGUGCCAGGGCAUUGGAUCGUGCUGCUCGCCAGACCGCGACUGCAAUGACAACAACCCAUGCACGAUCGACUCCUGCCCCAACGACUACACCAACGACACCUUGAAGAAUGGAAAUUGGAAGAAUUAUUGCCAACACACUCCCGUGGUAUGCGCGCCGUACAACAAGUGUGACCUCACAUCUUGUAAUUCUGCCACGGGCAAAUGUGAUCAUAGUGUGCGCCAGUGUGACGCACGUCCAUGCUUCGACGCGACGUGCAACCCCACACUCGGAUGCCAGUACACGGCCAAGAAUUGCUCGAUCAAUGAUGUGUGCAAGUCAUCGACAUGUGAUGCCAACAGCGGCAACUGCGUGUCCAAGGACAUUGAUUGCAAUGACAAUGAUCCGUGCACAGUGGACACGUGCGACUCCAAGGUAGGAUGCCAGCACACACCAAUGCCCUGUGGAGAGUGUAAACAAUGUAAUGCGGGACAGUGCCAGGAGAUCCAAGGAUGCCAGAGCUGCUCAUCGCCAUGCCAGUCGCCUAACGACCUCUGCAAGGAGGCAUUCUGUUUGAACAAUGGCACCUGCUCAAUCAGGGACAAGAGUGGAAGUGAUGGUAAUUCAUGCACGAUUGACUCGUGUGACCCAUCAGAUGGCUCGAUCAAACAUGUUCUCAUGGAUUGCGCUUCAUCCGCUGAUGGAUGCCACACUGCACAGUGUGUCGAGGGACAAUGUGUCAGCACGCCAGUCAACUGUAGCGAUGGAAAUGUCUGCACCAUCGACUCGUGCGCCAAUGGUACAUGCGUGUUUGCCGCCAAUACAUGCGACGAUGGCAACCCAUGCACUGUGGACUCAUGUAGCGAGCAGACUGGAUGCAUCAACACACCAUUGUCAUGCCCCACCAACAACAUGUGUGAGGUCGCCUCUUGCAACUCGACCUCGGGUCUCUGUCAACUUGCUCCUCGUCAGUGCCCCCAGCCAUCAGACUUUUGUCGCGUGGCCGUAUGUGACAACACUGUCGGAUGUGUGGAGAUUGAUCGCCCAUGCAUUGCCGACGACCCCUCAUGUCAAUUCGGUCGAUGCAACAAUGUGUCCAAUCAAUGCGAGUUUGUAAAUUACACUCCACUACCAUUCCGUUGCCAGAGUACUGCUGUCAAGGUUGGAGUAUCUAUUGGUGCCGCAGCCAUUGCUGGUAUCAUACUAGCUGGAGCAGUUGCAAUUGGACUGGCAAUAUUCGGUGGAAAGAAAGGAUAUGAAUAUUGGAAGAUGUCACAAGAUCAACGCAUAGCUGGAUCAAACAACAACCCAUUAUAUGAACCAAGUCCAAACAACCAAGAGAAUCCAUUAUAUCGCAACAAGUCAUUCAUGUAG